AUGAUAAAGACAGCUAUCUUUUGGGCCGUUAUCGGUAUUGCAGCCUACAUUUGGAUGGUCGAUAUGGUUGAACGGUUUUCCGAAUCCAAGGACAAGAGCAUCUUCAACAUUGUGGAUGUUAUCAAGGAGACCAACAAGUUCGUGCAGAAUGGCUGGGUCGCAAGGAUCAUCAAGCGACCGAUGCAUUACUUGUUCUGCCAUGUACAGAUCAUGGAAACAUUGGAACUUUACACCUAUACUAUCUAUUGGUUGGUGCACAAGACCGUCAUCACGAGUGUUAUGUUUGCAAGAGGAUGGUCACACCUUGCGACGGUGCAGACGGGUGUCAUCUUCUGCAUGAUCGUAUUCUUCACGGUAUGUCUCCCUUUCGAUAUGGAGUUCGACAUAACACACAUUGAUAUCAAUCUAAGAAUGACAAGGUAUAUUGCAUUCGAGAUUAUCUUGAACUUUGCGUUGAUCUUUGGAACUCAAUUCCUUCCAGAGUACGAAUGUAAUUCGUUUUUGAGUAUCAAUAUCUACAACUACAUAUUCUUCUCGAAUCUGGGCAAUACCAUGAUACUGCUCUGUCUCCACUGUCUCGUAAUGAUACUAUUCGACUUGUAUGUCAAUGGUUACGGCGUCAAGAUUGCAAGCAUGAAACAAACGCAAAUUCUUUUGGAUCAAUUGCACGGUAACAUCAAAAGAAAUAAUGCUUCACUCGCUGCUUUUUCUUCAUUGGGUGAUAUACCUGACGAUGUUCAUGAGUCGAUCAAGCAUUUGACUGCAUACAUCCAAUCGGAGAAACAAAAAUUGGACGUGGUACAGCAAUCUCUCGACGAAAUUAUCAUACACGUACAAUUCACGCUUGUUAUGAUUCAUCUGGCGACCAUGUUCUACCUGUUAUCAACCUACUUCACUCAGCCGAAUAAUCACAACCAGAAGCAGGUGCAGCAGCAGCAGGAGGAGGAGCAGCAGCAGGAGGUGCAGCAGGAGCAGGAGGUGCAGAUCACGUUCAUUUCCACCCUGGUGCACAUGGCAUUGUUCGUGGCGACUAUUCUGAUUUCGCCACGCGCUCAGCGUCCCUAUCUUAUUCUCAUGUCUGUUGUCACCACUGUGAUCAAACCUUACCUGCAAGAAACGAUUCCUCCGUCACAUGGAAAGGUGUGCCACAUGAAUCCUAAAUAUAUCGAUAUUUUCAAGACUAAACAAGGCGGAUCAGCCGUAAGAAUCUUGUAUGGCAUACAGAUCAUCGUGGCCGUCUACUUAUACUGGAUUUUCUGA